UUAAUAAUUAUUUGGAUCACUUAUUGCAUUGUGAAGAGGAAGAAAAAAAAAAAGGGAGAGAAGGAGGUCAGGAAAUGGAGAACAGGGCAGAAAAGAGAAGGAUUGUGUUAGUUCCAGUUGCUGCACAAGGUCAUGUAACUCCAAUGAUGCAACUUGGGAAAGCCCUUCAGUCAAAGGGUUUCUCAAUUACAAUUGCUCAGAGACAGUUAAAGCAAAUAAGCUCUUCACUGCAACAUGUUCCUGGUUUUGACUUUGUCACCAUACCAGAAAGCUUACCUCAGUUUGAAUCUAAGAAACUAGGACCGGCCGAGUUUCUGAUGAAUCUUAACAGAACCAGCGAGGCAAGCUUCAAAGAGUGUAUAAGUCAGUUAUUGCUGCAACAAGGCAAUGAUAUCGCAUGUAUCAUCUAUGACAAGCUUAUGUACUUCUGUGAAGCUGCAGCUAAAGAUUUCAACCUUCCUAGUAUCAUCUUCAGCACCAGCAGUGCUACCAUUCAAGUUUGCUACUCUGUGUUAAGUAAACUCAAUGCCGAGAAGUUCUUGACCGAUAUGAAAGAUCCUGAAAUGAAAGACAAGAUGUUGGAAGGUUUGCAUCCUUUAAGAUACAGCGACCUACCUACUUCAGGAUUUGGUCCAUUGGAGCCACUUUUGGAGAUGUGUAAGGAAGUAGUUAACACAAGAACAGCUUCAGCAAUUAUCAUCAACACGGCGUAUUGUCUAGAGAGCUCGUCGCUGUCCUGGCUACAACAAGAGCUCGGAAUUACAGUGUACUCAUUAGGCCCUCUUCACACUACAUCUUCAUUGCUGGAACCUAGUUUACUGCAAGAAGAUAGGAGCUGCGUUGAAUGGCUUAACAAGCAAAAACCAAGGUCAGUCAUAUACAUAAGCUUGGGAAGCAAAGCUCACAUGGAAACCAAAGAGAUGUUAGAGAUGGCUUGGGGAUUGGCGAAUAGCAACCAACCCUUCUUAUGGGUCAUCCGACCGGGUUCUAUCCUUAGCUUCGACGGGACAGAGUCAUUGCUAGACGAAAUCAGUAAGAUAGUCUCAGAAAGAGGAUACAUUGUGAAAUGGGCACCGCAGAUAGAAGUACUUGGACAUCCUGCAGUGAGAGGCUUCUGGAGCCAUUGUGGAUGGAACUCAAUACUUGAGAGCAUUUUGGAAGGAGUUCCAAUGAUUUGCAGGCCAUUUCAAGGCGAGCAGAAGUUAAAUGCAAUGUAUGUAGAGAGUGUAUGGAGAAUAGGGAUUCAGGUGGGAGGGGAAGUGGAAAGAGGAAGUGUAGAGAGAGCAGUGAAGAGGUUGAUGAUGGAUGAAGAAGGUGCAGCCAUGAGGGAGAGAGUCCUUGAUUUGAAAGAGAAGCUUAAUGCCUCUGUGAGAAGUGGAGGCUCUUCAUACAACGCAUUUGAUGAGCUUGUCAAGUACUUGAACACAAAUCAAAGAUGCUGAACUUCAUGUAUUAUAAGAACGCUUAAUUAUACGCACGAACACACACAAAAAAUGUUAACAUUCCUUGGAAUAUUAAUUUCUUCUUUAUCAAUA